AUGGCUGCGAUGCAGGGUCUGCAGCUGUCGUACCCGCCGGCCCAGUUCAACUUCCAGAUUGCCUACGGUGCAGAUUCGGUGGUGCCAAUUGAGCGACUUUUCCGUUUCUUUGCCCUGGAAUCUUUGGUUUUGGACCCAGUGAGGACACUUUUUCCUCUUCAAGUUCCUCGUGACCUCGAGGUCGAUGUGACCCCAUCGCAGUGGCGGAAGUUUAAGCCAGACUGGGAAUCGGCCUUCAAUGAGGAUUACGAGUACAUCGUCUUCCUGCCAGAGGGCCUAUACGCCCAAGUCUACACCCAUAUGGCUCGUGCUUUCCCUGAUCAUAUCGUCCAAUGCCACGGAGAUGGACGUGUGGCCAAGGUGGAUGUUCGGGUGAAACCAAUGGCGUAUUCCGACCUGGCAGACGCCCUUUUCCAGAUGCAGUCAGAAAUUGACCCCCUCCACGCUGAGGUUGCAAAGAUGUGGCGAUGCCAGGAACUGAUGUUCCACAAUCUUGCAACACUUACAAAAGAGUGGAUGGAAGUCAAUCCAGAACUUGCUGAACGGCUUCAUCCAUCGACUCCCCAGUCCUGGCUGGCACCGCGAUCAGAAGAAUAUUGA